AUGUCUGAACGAAUAAAUGGCGACGCAGAGGAUGACCGUGCAGGCCUUCUCCCCGCUGCCUACUAUUCCCGCAACCGCCCAGAGCCAGAGACCGUGACCAACUUGAUCAAGCGCGUACGCGCGCUCACACUCAAGCUAUUGCCAGUGGAAGUGUCGCCAGAGAGCAUUGAGGAUCCAACGAGCAGGGUCAUUACCCCGCAGGUCAUCGAUGCAUACACCCGAGCUGCAGGAGACUUCGUGCAAGCAUUGCCAUAUGCCUUGCUAAGGGCUCGGAAAGAGUUCAUGUGGGAUGCCAAUACGAAUCCUGCGGACUAUGGAGAGAACCUGGGAAGGGCUAUCGCAUGCGAAGUCCUCGCCCGUCGCGUCAUUCAUCUAGCUCCGCCCGACAAGACUGUCGUCAUGCUGUCCACCCGAUUCAGAUUCAAAGAGGUCGAUGAGGAUGACAGCGAGAAAGCGAGUGCUCUUGAGCUGGCUAUCGAUUCUCACUGUACAAUAUUUUUGUCUUCGACGGAAGCACAGGACAUUAUCAACUUCCUAUGGCGAGGACAGCUUGUGCAGAAGCAUGAAGACGAUCAUGAAAUUGAUUUCGUGCCGUACAGGCAAUAUGGCUAUGACGGCUUCUGGGCUCAUUUGAGCCCUGGACGCCUCUCGGUACCAAGAUACCAAAACAUCUUCCGUAUCGUAGUUUGGAUAUUAUUCUUGUUUGCGUACUCUCAAGCAGUGCGUGAACCGUUAGACAAGCUAAACCCCGAGCAUUCCGAAUUGGACUUCUGGGAAGUCGUCAUGUACGUCCUCGGCCUCGCGUUCUCCUUCGACGGUGAGUCACUCUUCAAGCUCCUCCUGUUCGUCUCAUGGCGCACGCUCGGAUUCUGGGACAUCAUUAGCGUGACGACCGACUCGCUCCUCACCGUCGCCUUCGUGCUGCGCGUCGCGGGGAUCUUCUCCGUGGAGCCGCAGAGUGUGACGUUCCGUCUGCGCGCGUUCCAGUUACCCUAUGCUCACCAAUGGCGUGAUGCAGAGGUCAUACCGAUAUUCGAUGGGUUCCAGCCCGUGGGGACGAUGCAGAUUUGCGUCGCGCGCAUGCUGAAGGAGUCGGGUAUAUUCUUCGGGGUGGGUCCAUCCUUCGGGAUACUCCUUGGGUCUGCUCGGCAUCGGGUUCUUGCAGGGACUGUAUGCAUAGACGCUGCAGACGGGCAGAACGACCAUGCGUAUGAGGUUGUGCAUGUCUUGAUCCAGGCGUUGCUACAGUCACCGAAUUACGACAUGUUCGCUAACAGCACUGCGGGACAAUGGCUGUACUACGGCUGGAACAUUGCGACCGCUGUCAUCCUCAUCAACGUUCUCAUCUCGCUGUUCUCAUCGGCGUAUGACGAUGUUGUUGAGGACGCUGCUGCGGAGUACCUCACGUACUUUGCUGGUAAAGUUGGCGGUAUGAUUCGUGCACCUGACGAGUAUGUCUAUCCCGCUCCGUUCAAUAUCGUCGAAAUCCUUCUCGUCGCGCCUCUCGAAUUCUUCGUGAGCAAGCGAACAUACGACAGAGUCAACCGCUGCGUCAUGAUGGUCCUGUUCUUCAUCCCGCUCUGCGCCAUCGCUCUGUACGAGGCCGAGCUGGACCCAUCCAAGAACCGGUGGAUCCGCGACUUCUUCACACAUCCAGACGAAGGCGGCGAGGACACGCCCGAGUUCGAGGACCCGGGCGUGCACCCGGGUGACCGCGCAAAAGGCCUCGAGAUUAGUAGAGUGCCAUUUGAGGAGCUUGUGAAGGCGUUCCCGGAUACGACGCGGUCGAACGAAGCUUUGAUGUUGAACGAGAUCGAGAUGAUGAGGGAGCAGAUGAGAGAGCUGAAGGAACUGUUGCUGGCGAAGCGGUGA